AUGACGUCGCCAACAGAGAACUGCUCGCAGUCAAGGCCGGGGUCCCGGAACGUUAAGCCAGACGUCCUAUCUCGACUCUUUGACCCCGAGCCUGUAGCCAAGGAGCCUGAACCCAUCCUCCCACUGUCCUGUGUGGUUGGAGCGGUGAUCCAUUGGGCUCACACCUCGCCGCUUUUCUGUCAUCCGGGAGUCAGGCGGACCAUGUUCGCCAUCUCCCGGAGGUUCUGGUGGCCGUCUAUGGAGCCGGAGGUUCGGGAGUACGUCGAAGCCUGCUCGGUCUGCGCCCGCAAUAAGUCCUCCACUGGAUCACGCAUGGGUCUGCUGCAACCACUUCCCAUCCCCUCCCGCCCAUGGUCAGAAAUAUCCCUGGAUUUCGUCACGGGGCUCCCGGUCUCUCAAGUCACCAGGUCAUAUUUAUUGUGUAUUUUUGUUGGCUCUCUAUCUGUCCUUAUAAUGUGUGGAAAUCUUCUUGUAAUAAUCUCCAUCAUUUACUUCAAACAGCUCCACACUCCUACAAACUACCUCAUCCUCUCUCUGGCUGUGGCUGACCUGCUUGUUGGGAUUGUAGUUAUGCCUUUCAGCAUAAUACUGACUGUAACUUCAUGUUGGUAUCUUGAAGAUUUACUCUACAGAUAUUACGCAGUGUGUCAGCCUCUGAGCUAUAGAACUAAAAUGAAUGUCGGUGUUAUUGUUGUCAUGAUCCUGUUGAGCUGGACUGUUUCUGCACUACUUGGAAUUGGCAUCACAUUACAGGGAUUGAAUGAAGGGCAAUCAAAUCGGUGUGUUUUAUUUCAACAUACAAGUUCAGUAAUCAAGGGAACUUUUUUUGCUUUUUAUCUCCCAGCUAUCAUAAUGUUCUCCAUCUAUCUAAAGAUUUUCAUUGUGGCACAGAGACAGGCACGCAGCAUCCAGAACACAACCUGUCAGAGAAAAAGUAAGAGGGAAAGAAAGGCCACCAAAACUCUGGCUGUUGUUAUUGGAGUAUUCCUCAUCUGUUGGACUCCUUUCAUCCUUUGUAUCACUUUUUACCCUUUGAGUAAUUACACAAUACCAGUUCCUUUGAUUGAAACAUUUAAAUGGCUUGGAUGGUCCAACUCAAUGCUCAACCCAUUUGUCUAUGGUUUCUUUUACAGCUGGUUUCGAUCAUCUUUGAGAAUAAUCAUUUCUGGGAAAAUAUUUCAAGGUGAUUUUACUAAUUCUAAGCUCUUUUGA